AAUCAUUCUGACAUCGUCAGCCUUUCAAGCAACACACGCACUCAGCACACUCAAAUACAUACAUUUUCCAAACCCAAAAUGUGCCAACAAGUCGUCGUCGUCGCCACCACCAACAACAAGAUGAAGACCAGCUACAGCAUCAAGCAGGUCUUGAAGACACUCUUCAAGAAGCAACAGAAGCAGCAGAAGCCUCAGGGCUCGCUGGAAUCCCUAGAAUCUGUCGACAAUCUGCGCAACGCCCAAGUCGAGGAGGCCUACUAUGCCGAGAUCGAUGAGAACGCCGCCAACGAGAAGCUGGCCCAAUUGGCCCACUCCCAGGAGUUCGAGAUUGCCGAGGAGGAGGAACAGGAGGACGACGUCUAUGUCCCAGUUCGCUUCGCUCGCACCACCGCCGGCACCUUCUUCUGGACCACCAACCUCCAGCCAGUCGCCAGCGUUGAGCCCGCCAUGUGCUACUCCAUGCAGUUCCAGGAUCGUUGGGCCCAGGCUUAGAAACCCAGAAACCAUCUAGCCUUCAACCCUUCAAUCUUCAAGCUUUAAGAACUCUACAAACAUUGUGAUAGCACCAGCGGCUUUAACUCCACUACAAUCUCGGCGAUCCAGCGCUUCCAUUAGUUAUUAAGAUAUUGUGAUAGACAAAAAAAGAGAGCUUUAAAACAAACGUACAAAAUACAAAACAAGAAAUAUC